AUGAAGAAGAAGAUAACAAGAAUGAAAAGUUUAACAUUAAAACCAAAAAAAAAGAAUGAAAAGUCUUCGGAAGAGACGUGGUAUUUGUCAUUGGAGAUGAUGAAGAAAGUGAGCUCCAUGGCGGCUCCAAUGGUGGCAGUUUCGGUUUCUCAGUACCUUCUUCAAGUUAUCUCCAUGAUCAUGGCUGGUCAUGUAGACGAGCUCUCACUCUCAGCCGUCGCAAUCGCCACUUCCCUCACCAACGUCACCGCCUUUAGCCUCCUCUUUGGUUUUUAA